GGGGGAGCCCGGCCCGGUCGAGCCCGGCCCCUCCCGCCCCCAUUCGCCGCCCCAGGAAGCGCAGGGCUUUAGCGCCCUGCCCGCCGCCGCCAUGCAUUGUGGGGCAGCAGAGCCAAGAUGGCGGCCAGCAGGAGGCUGAUGAAGGAGCUUGAAGAAAUCCGCAAAUGUGGAAUGAAAAACUUCCGUAAUAUCCAGGUUGAUGAAGCUAAUUUAUUGACUUGGCAAGGGCUUAUUGUUCCUGACAAUCCUCCGUAUGAUAAAGGAGCCUUCAGAAUCGAAAUCAACUUCCCAGCAGAAUAUCCAUUCAAACCUCCUAAGAUUACAUUUAAAACAAAGAUCUAUCACCCUAACAUCGAUGAAAAGGGGCAGGUUUGUCUGCCAGUAAUUAGUGCUGAAAACUGGAAGCCAGCAACCAAAACUGACCAAGUAAUCCAGUCCCUCAUAGCACUGGUGAAUGAUCCACAGCCCGAGCAUCCCCUUCGGGCUGACCUAGCUGAAGAAUACUCUAAGGACCGUAAAAAAUUCUGUAAGAACGCUGAAGAGUUUACAAAGAAAUAUGGUGAAAAGCGACCAGUGGACUAAAAUCUGACACAAUUGAUGUCAGCAACGUAUGAUAGAAGAUCGGAGCAGUGCAUUUGAGACACCCCGUAAAGCAGGACUCUAUGGAAAAAUGACAAGUGCCACCUUUCGGUGUUAACUUGUGGCUGUUACUAACUUUCUACAGUUUUCUUAAUCAAAAGUGGGCUAGGUAACCUGUAAAGAAAGGAUUAAAAUUUAAGAUGUUCUAGUUCUGCUUUCUUUGUUUAAAAAUCACUGCUUCAAUAUACUUUAAAGUAUGCUGUUUUCUUUUUCUUGUCAGAAUUUAUCAAAAAUAUCUUAGACUUAUAUUCUGCCCUUAAAUUGAAAAGGUUGUGGCUGUCAUUUCUUAUUUUUCCUUGCAGUUCCCACUAUCUUGAGUUCAUUUAAUUAUUCAUUGAAUUUUAUCCCUCCCCAAACUGAUGUCUUAGAAAAAAAUAUCCCAGUUCUGGCAGAAAAUUACUGAGUGUUUGGCAGUUUUGUUUACUUUUCUUUUUAAAUGUUGCACUGUGCUUUGUGGGACUUGUUGCAAGUUCCCCUUAAUUUCAGUUUGUAACAUAAUAAACAAAAAGCAAACAAACCCCACAAAAACAAUCAGAAAGAAUGUCCAGGUCUUAUGUAAAUCUGGCUGAUGUUACCACAAAAUGUUUAUUAAACGGGGAAACCCAAGUUUUUGUGUGCGUGAUUGAAUUAAAAUAUGGCUUAUGUCCUGCUUUUGGAAAACUUUGGAAAAAAAAUUCUGUAGUAAGCAAGUAGUGGAAUGUGAUUACAAACUUCUUUCACUUCUAUCCUUAAUACCUAUGCAGAGUAGCUAGGAACACGGGCACAGAACAACAUUGCAACCAGUUUAGAAGAAUUUCAGAAAUUGGGGACCAAGAGGUACCAAAGUUAUAAACUGGUUUUUUGAGUUAAAAAUCGGUAUUUUGGAAAUGUUAAUUUUGAACUCAAGUACUAAAUUUGACAGCACUGCUAGCCUUCUUAGAACAUUUUUCCAUCAGAAUGAGUAUGAAACAUCUGUGGCUUGUGGGAUGGCACUCGUGCUACUUCCCAGCCCAAUUGCUGUACAGUUCUUACUGAAAAUGGUAUGGGAAGAGGAUUAAGCAAUAACCCGUAAUAGAGUACGCUUCACUACUGCUGUUCCUGUGUUUUAAAAACACACAGGUUAGAUGAUUCAAUGAGUACUUCAAGUAUCAUUCUAUCAUUCUAACUUAAUCAGGCAGAGCUGUUUUCCCCUUGCUCCAGGGCACACCUACACAUGCUGCAGGAAGCCCUUUCUGCUCAGAAGUGAACGAGCAUCUUUUGCUUGUGUGUCUGCUUUUUCUCCUGCCUGCCUGUCUCUUUCCCCCAGUCUGAAGUGUGAUUGUAGCUCCACAGUCAAACUGCCAUACAGUCAAACUGCUGUCUCUUCCCCGCCUGUUGAACUUGGGUAUGUUACUGAGCAAACAGAUUUAUCUCCAGAAAUUCUUAGGUAUCUGGGAGUACAUAUCAUUUUGAUGUGCAGGAAGUUGAAUUAGAAAAUCCCUCACACCCAGAUGGUUGUCUGUACUCCUAAACGCAGUUUUAAUACAGCCUCUGCCUUUGCAACUUUUCAGAACUAGUGUGUCAAGCAGUAGGUCUCUUUUGGUUUUAAUGUCUUGUAUAUUUGCUAUUUCUUCAUUCAUCCCUCUCAUCCAGCUUUCCUUUCUGAUUUAGUGUAAACAAUGACAGCCCAGUACCUCACCUCUGUUGAAAGUAAAUUUUUUUUUAUAAGUUACGGAGCUAAGAAAUUUUAUGUUUAAGUGUUCUUAGACAGAUUCUUUGGCAGGUAAAUAAAGUUAAACCACAUUCACCUUAUUUACAGAAACUUGCAUUUCCUAAGUGUUUUCAGGCUUGUGAGAGCACUGUCUUUACCAAAUUUUCACAUCUUUGUGUCUUCAUUUGCAGAAAGUUGGUACUGAUUUUGUUUCAUUCACGCUCACUCAGAUUCAUAAUAAAAUAAUGCCAAAUUAUCUGUCAAACUGAAGUGUGUGUAACUUCUGCAUCACAGGAGUCACUGUACGUUUGGAUCGUGUCUGUUGGCAUGGAAACUUGCCACUCUCUAAAUUCUCUUUUUAUUUAAAACAAAGCUGUAGCACUAGUUUGCUGCCCUCAUUACUACUAAAUAGUAUACUUUCUGGUUGUAAGCCUCUCAGGUCAAAGACUGCAUUUAUCUGAAUCGGUGCGACUUGGAUGCCGUUGAAGGGGAACUGGAAGGGUUGUGUAAUUCAAGGAGUUCCAGUCGAUUCGCACAGGCCUACGGCAGCGCUACACCAGCUAUUCUGAUUCCAUCCGCAAAGGUCACAUAAAGACAGAUAUUGCUAUCAGUUCUCUUGGUGUGUUCUUCAUAGUUCAAUUUCUAAACUGCAAGAUGUGUAACCUAAGCGAUGGCUUUUGUUCGUAGGCAGCCUGCUGAAAAAAGAUGGAGAUCAAAUACUGUACUGUACGGUUGAAGUCUUGAGAAGAAAAAAAAUCAAAGUAUGAAGUCCUAUGUUAACUCAGGAAAUCCAGCUCUGGUUCUCUCUGGUUCCCUAAGCCAUGCUGAAUUCUAAACGUGCAGUUUAAUAUCCAAAAUAAAAAUGACAUACUGGUGAAACUACACCCAGGAGCACUGGUAUAGGCUUUCUGCAACUCCAUUCUGCUACCCUAAUAAAAAUUGCUCUCAAA